AAUUUCUCAAAAGAACGCAUGCGUAGUGAUACGUGAUACUCGCAGCUGAGUUUCCCGAAUUUACUCUUUGUAUUUCCACUCUGACAUUUACCACAGUCUAAGCAGUGAAAAGAAAUUUUCAGAAUGGCGCACACAUUUCAACAAGAAUACAUGGAAAUGCCACCGAUCACUAGAGCUUAUACAACAGCUUGUGUGUUGACAACAAUCGCCGUACAACUGGAUAUUAUUUCACCGCUUCAGAUCUACUUCAACCCAGAUGCAAUAUUCACAAAAUAUCAGGUGUGGCGCCUUGUUACGAACUUCAUGUACUUUGGUCCGAUUGGUUUUAAUUUCCUAUUCAAUAUGAUAUUUGCUUAUCGAUACUGUCGAAUGCUUGAGGAGGGAUCGUUUAGAAACAAAACAGCUGAUUUCUUUUUCAUGAUUUUAUUUGGUUGUACAUUAAUGAUAAUAUUGGGUUUCUUUGUGAACAUAGUAUUUCUGGGCAGUGCAUUUACUAUUAUGCUAGUGUAUCUAUGGAGUCGACGAAACCCUUACGUGAGGAUGAAUUUCUUUGGAUUGAUGACGUUUCAUGCACCAUAUCUUCCAUGGGUGUUGCUGGGGUUCUCUGUUUUGCUGGGAAAUUCUGUCAUUGUUGAUUUGAUGGGGAUUGCUGUCGGUCAUAUCUAUUACUUUUUAGAGGAUGUGUUCCCCAAGCAACAUGGUGGUUUUAAGCUUCUUAAAACUCCAUGGAUUUUAACCUACCUCUUAGAAGGCCCUCCUGAGGAUCCCAAUUACAAUCCUCUCCCAGAAGACCGCCCAGGGGGGUUCAACUGGGGAGAACCGCAAAGACCAGAGCAGCAAGAUGAUGGAAAUUAAUAUUUUUCGUUUUCCUAAUAACUAACUUGUUACUGUGCUAAAACUGGGAUAUGAAACUCAUUUCAUCAGUGAGCAAAAGUGGGGAAUGUUUGUGUGAGGAUCCGACUGCAUGCUGAAGGUGGAGAAUGUGGAUGAAAGGAGAUGGUGUUUUUAAAAUGUGUUCUGUGAUGUGUCUUUUGUUUGUUAAUUCAAUAAGUGGUGAUUUUCCACGUGGUGUACGAUGGAUAAACAGAGGCAAAUUAUAUUCUUUGUAUAAAGUUGUUAGAGUAUUGGUCUUCAGGAUUUUCAUAUUUUUGUUUGUAAUAAGUUUAGGGUCCUAUAAUUAUAGAUGCAUGCUAUUGUAAAUGAUUAAUUACAUGUACCUAGUUUGUGUUUUGAAUUUCAUGUCUCAUACAUUUGUUUAAAUAUUCUCAUUUUUUAGCUCACCUCAGUUUUUAAGUAAGCUUUUCUGAUCCCAUUUUGUCCGACGUCCAUCUAUUCCUCUGUAAACUUUUAACAUUUUCAACUUCUUUUCCAGAAGAACUUGUCAUAAUGCAGUCUUAUGUGAAGGGGAUUCAAGGUUGCUUAAAUGAAUGGGGAAAAGGGAGAUAAUUAAGAAAUAAAUCGAGAAAAUAUGGUGGCAUCUUUUAAAAAAAUUCUUCUUAAGAGCCACUGGACCAGAAAAGACUUUUUUUCAAAAGCUUCCAUAAUGAGUGUAGAUUCAAAAUUAUCCAAAUCAUGGUCCCUGGGGUUAGGAUGGAGCCACAAUAGGGAAUCUCUAGAGCAAAAGUGCCACGAGUAGUCAUUUUAAUAUGCAAACAUCCACAGGUAGUGCAGAUUCAAGAUUAUUGAAAUCAUGGCCUCGGAUUGUAGGAUAGGGCAUCAAAAUUUUACAUGGUGAUAUAUGAAGGCAAAAUCAUCUUCUCAAGACCAGCAGGACCAUGGUAAGUCAUAUCAAUGUGCAAACAUCCUCAGGUAGUGCAGAUUCUAGUUUAUUCAAAUCAUGGCCCUGGAGAGUAGGGCGGGGGUCACAAUUGGAGAUAAAACUUUUACAUGACAAUAUAUGAGAAAAUUCUUUAGAAAUCUUCUCAUGACUAGUAGCUCGGGGGGUGGGGGUUGAUAGGUUGUAGGAUGGGGUCUCAAUAGGGGAUCAAAAUUUGGCAUUGGAAUAUAUAUCAUCUUUGAAAAAUCCCUUUUCGAAACCCACUGAUUAUGAUUUGUCAUAUUUUUAGAUAAGUAAGCAUUCUAAUUUAGUGCAGAUUCAUAUUUGACUUGGGUUGGGUUUCAAUAGGGAUUCAAAGUUUUAUUGGAGAAUACAUGUACAUUUAUUGUAUAAAGGAAAUUUGAAAACAGUCUUUUGAAGAGUAUCAGAACCACACUAAAUCAUGUCAAUAUAAAAGUUUGUCCGAGUUGUAUGAAUUCACUGGUUUUUUUUUUCAUGAACCCUUGGGUUAAGUUGGGGAUUCCAGAACAGCAUGGCCAGAUUAAUUUUAUUAAUUUUGAAGAAUCCCCAUAUUGUGUGGUAAAAUCAUAACAAUUAGGGCUUAAUAUGGGGUCAAAAAUUUAUCAUUGAAUUAAAGAGGGUAAAAAAUCUUAUAAAGAAUAGCUGGGCCAAGGUGAAUCAUGCGAGCAUUGUUGCCCAUGGGCCACUAGUUCUUUUAUGCAUUUUCUAAAGGAGUAUUUUCAACCGAACUCGUGGUACAAAAAUAUACAAUUAACGGUCGAGCUCAUUUCCAAAGGGAAAUAAUUAAGAGGAGGCGAGGCGUCAUCUGGGCUGUAGACCAAAAUGUAUUGCCUCCUUUUAGAAAUAGUAAACGUUUGAUGAGAUUCGUAGAUAUAGUUUAUUUUGGUACCAUAUCAAUAUAUCUUAAUGCAAGUUGACUGCAGAAUGUGGUUUCCUUCUUUUAGUUUGUAUCUAUACAUUUUGUGCAAUGAAAUAAAUAUUAAAUUGUUGAAAAUAAAAUCUGUCCUUAGAGAGAAAAAUUAAAACUUUUUGUUCCAUUAAAA